AUGGUGGGGACAGCUCCUGUCUCCAGCGGCAGCUGGAGAGUCCGGGAAGCUGCAGAAUCGGGAGCUGGAACACAGGAGAUGGCAACAGCACCCGGGAGCGUGAGCUUUUGGAGCUCAGAGAAGUUUUCCGGCAGCUCAGAGAAGUACUCUGCCCACCACAGCCACCAGGGCUGGAUGCUGGGAGGGACCAAGUGCUACUGGGUCUCCACUGGAUACGGCUCUUGGAACAGGAGCCAGGAGGACUGCGGGGAUCGAGGGGCCAAGCUGCUGCUGCCGUGGGAUCGGGAUGAGCUGGAAGUCCUCAAUGAAACCCUGCAGAAACCCGGGCGCCGCUUCUGGGUCGGGCUCUGGGUGCCAUCGGCCAGGGUGGGCUGGACGUGGUUGAACGGCUCCCGCCUGGACCGGCACCGGUUCCACCUGGAUCCCAGGGAGACACCUGGAUUCUGUGGGACGAUCAGGGGCAGCAGCAUCGUCUCUCAGGAGUGUAACACGGAGUUGCAGUGGAUCUGUCAGAGAGAAGCCGCCAAAUUCUGA